AUGUUAAACACACCAUCGUCAUCUUCAUCACCAUCGAACACACCCACCACCACAUCAUCACCUCAGUACUGCUCCGAUAAUGAAGAAUUAGAGAAGGCUCUCGUGAAUGGAAACGAAGCCUUUUCCCGAAAGGACUAUGAAUCAGCUCUACAAUUAUAUGAAAAGGCUCUUCUUCUCUAUCAGGAACAUGUAAAUAAUCAUCAGGGAAUUGCUCCUAUGGCUAGUCCUUCGUUUGUAGCAACAACUUUAUCAUCUAUUGUGCAAUACAAGAUUGGUUUGGCUUAUUUCUAUUUGGAACGAUGGGAAGAAGCCAUUCCAUUCUUCGAGAAGGCCAUUGAUUAUGAUCCGACUGGAUAUGCAAAUGCUUGUACAAUGCUAUUUAAUCUUUUAUGGAAAAUUAAUAGCUGUGUUCAGGCUAUUAUUACAGUUCAUGAUUUUCUGAAUAGAUUUCCAAAGAAAGAACAAGCUAUUCAACCAAUUUUAAACAAUUUGAAAAACUCUAAACAUUGGUAUAUGGAUCCAAGAAUCAGAAUUGUGAAAUUGACUGAAGAUAAUUAUUGCGUGCAAGCUGUUGAUGAUAUUCCAGUGGAGGAAACGAUUCAAGUUUUUGAUGAAGAUGGACAUAGAGAAGAGGUUAAGGGUGUGACAAUCGUGAAAGAUUCCCUUCUAUGUACAGACCAAUUUAUUACUGGAACAUGUACUAGUGACGAAGAAACUAUGGUCACGAUGGGAAUUACUAUCAAACAUUUAAUUCAAAAUUAUAAGAAAUUUCAAAAUGUGCUUCGAGGGUUACAUCCUAGAAAGAUUGAACAGGCUCCUGUCAAGUUUGUUGAGGAUUGGAAGAAAUUCUUUUUUGAGCAAUUGAAAUUGGUAAAACAAAAUCUUGGAGUGAGAGAGGAAUUUGAGAAUCUUUCCCUUGAAGAAAUAGAACAUUUAGAAAGUGAUCCACAAAGAUUAGAGGAAGUUUUGAGAAUGACCAUGGUCAUAAAAUUGAACGGCUUUGUCGGUGGAGUGUAUGGCUUGGCAUGCAUGUUUAAUCAUUCAUGUGAAGAGAAUUGCGAAAAGAUUGAUGAGAAGAUUGUAACCACUAAGAACAUCAAAAAGGGAGACUAUUUGUGUCUAAACUAUAUGGGCUUUGACGACAAACUAGCAAACAGAAGAAAAUACUUGUUGGAACACUUUGCCUUUGAGUGUGAAUGCCCACGAUGCCAAAGAGAAAUUAUGGCUGGAGAAUCCUUAAUUGUUGAUCCUGAAGAUGACAUCAUGGAAGACGAAGAAGAAAUUGUAGUGACAGAACACGAUGUUCAAUAA